CAUCGGUUGUUACCAUUGCCAGCUCCAUUGUGGGUGGCUGUCGAGGAGCCGGGUGCACCGGGCUGCCUGCUUGCCGCUGAGCUGGCCGAGACCAGCGGCUCGUCCCUGUUAGGGGCGCCCCCCACUUCCCCGCCGAACACCAUCGUCCUGGAGAACCUGGGUCUGCUCCUGUUGGAGGGUCUCGCCAGCCCCGAGCCCCUGAGUCCGGAGGGGCUCUCGGAGCGCUAUGAGUCCAGCCGCCUGGCAUUCUCCACCUCCAUCCCUGAGCAGGACACCUCCAGGCGCUGGAAACAGCUGGAGCAGUGGGUGGCCGACCUGCAGGCUGAGGUGGCCUGUCUGCGCGGGCACGAGGACCGCUGCGAGCGGGCCAUGCUGAGCCUGCUGCGGGAGCUGCUGCAGGUGCGGGCGCACGUGCAGGCGCAGGACUCGGAGCUGCGGCGGCUGCAGCAGGCCCUGCAGCAGGCCACGCACACCCCUGAGAAGGAGGCCUGCGAGCUCACCAGCGCCCCGAACCAGAACCAGGUCCAGGCCCUGGAAAGAAGGCUGGUGGAGGUCCGAGAGGCGCUGACCCAGAUCAGGAGGAAGCAGGCGCUGCAGGACUCGGAGCGCAGGAAUGGCGGCCAGGAGGUGGACCUGAGGUUGGCCAAGGUGACGGGGAGGCUGAAGCAGGAGGCGCAGGAGAGAGAGGAGGCCUGUGGCGCCCUGCGGAAGGGCCAGGAGGAGACCAGCCACAGGGUGGACGUCGAGGUGGCCAAGCUGCAGGCCCAGGUGGCCCAGCUCGGCGAGGAGAUGAGCCUGCGCUUCCUCAAGAGAGAGGCCAAGCUGUGCAGCUUCCUGCAGAAGAGCUUCCUCGCCAUCGAGAAGAAAACGCAGGCCUCCGAGAGCAGCCGGGCCCAGGCGGAGGGCAGCCUGUGGGAGGAGCUGGAGAGCAGGUGGCGGAGGCUCCAGGAGCAGAACGAGGAGCACAUGCGGGGUCUGCGGGGGCAGCGGGAGCAGGAGGAGUCGCAGCUGCUGCAGCAGUGCCGGGGCCUGGAGCAGGCCAUGGUCCGGCUCACCGAGUUCGUGCGGCAGAACCAGUUGUCACUGACCCGUGUCCUGCAGGCCUGCAAUGCCACGGGAAACCUGGAGAAGAGCCGGGCCGGCGAGCUGGCCCAGCAGGAGACGCACAGCGCACUGGCGGUGCUCCAGGAGAAGAGCCAGGCCCUGGAGGCGUCGGUGGCAGAGCUGGGCCUGCAGGUGAAGGGCCUCAGCAAGCACUUCCUGGCCCUCAGCUGGAAGCUGGACCUGCAGGAGCAGACCCUGAGCCUGAGGCUGUCUGAGGUGAAGCGUGACCAGGAAGGCACCAAGAGGAGAUCCCUGGAGGACUUGGCUCAGUGGCGGAAGGAGGCCGAGGUGCACCUGAGGGAGGUGCGCGAGAAGGUGGACGGCCUCCCCAGGCAGAUCGAGAGCAUCUCCGACAGGUGCAUCCUGCACAAGAGCGACUCAGACCUGAAGAUCUCGGCUGAGGGCAAAGCCAGGGCGUUUGCGGUCGGGGCGCUGCGGCAGGAGCUGGCCGCCGUGCUGUUGUCCCUGCAGCACCUCAAGGAGGACAACCCCAGCCGGAAGGUGGCCGAGAUCCAGGGCCGGCUGACCACGUUUCAGAACCAGCUGAUGAAGUUGGAAAACAGCCUCCAGGACAACAGAACCAUCCAGAACCUCAAGUUUAAUACAGAAGCCAAGCAGCGGGCGGAGGAGAUGGCCUCGCUGCGGCUGUGGUGCGAGGAGGGGCCCCAGGUGCCAGGCAGCAGGAGGGGGCCCGUGGCGCGUGGGCAGCGGCGCUGCUUUGUCAAGGAUGUGGCGCCCGGCGAGGAAGCCCCCGUGAACCGCUGGGGCAUGUACCAGGCCGCCAGGUGGUUGCACUGGAAGGCGGCCCUCAUGGGCCUGACGCCGAAGCGGAGGCCGAGAGCCCCCCGGGAGAAGCCCCCCGGCCUGGAGCCUGCCCCCCGGCUGGCAGCCCUGCCCCAGUCCCAGAAAUAAACGCGGCUGAGUUUUGGA